GUACGAGAACUCGAGGCUGAAUCUCUCGCACCAAAGUUGCGCUGGGAAUCUUUCCGUCUCGAUGGCGAAUCUCUCCGUCUGUCGCUCCCUCCACUCCGAAUGCCACCAGGAGAAUAACGGUCUGAAGAGCGAAAUCCAGAUCCUAAAUGCGACCAAUAUCCAGCUCUGUAGUGAUGUCCAGAGCUAUCUCCAGAGAGUGAAAGAGAAUGUCUGCGCUCCAGGGUGGAAGUUGUACAAUGAUACGUGUUACUUCAUCUCGGCCAAGAAAACAUCUUAUGGCAACGCAAAACGGGCGUGUGAAGUCAGAGGGGCGAAACUCCUAGAGAUCAACUCAAACGAAGAGAAGGAUUUUUUCAUCAGAAAAACUGAAGAAGGGAAAUACUACCGGAUUGGACGCUGUUUCCCAAAUACCGGAUGCUCCAGUAAUGAUAGAUUUGUCGAAUACUCCGGCAAACCUUGUUCUGGUGGGAACUGUGGACGAAUUGGAUUCAUUUGCCAGACGGACGCUAUUCCGAUUCCCGAAAUUCUUUCUGGAUUACGGAAUAUCUGCUCAAAAAUCAGGGCUAGUAUCGAAUCGUAG